UCCGCGUUUAUCUUAAUCACUUAAGUAAUUAACCUAUAAAAUAUCGUGGCGCUAUUAAAAUAUGUAACAUUAGACCACCAACACCAAGAUAGAUCAGUGCAUAGGAAUAUGCGGCGCAAUAAAGUAGUGUGAGGGCAAUGUUGUAAAUACCUGAAACUCAUGACUUUCGAUCUUAUCUCUCACUCGUGUAGUACUACGAUCAUUCUAAAGACAGCAGAAGGCUUUGUGACAAAGAAAGAAAAAAAGAAAGAAGUUCUUACGUGACAUUAAAUAGCCCAAAUUGAACACUACACCGGUACUAGAGACGAGGCGGUAAACGAAGUCCUUAAACAGUCACGACUCACGAUUGGUCUUACUAAUCUCAUGAAAAAAAUAGACAUAGUAAAGUCCAUAGUUAGCAGAUGCAGCUGAUGACUCGACGUCUACUGCUUCGCACCUUUAGCAAAGCCAUACUAGAGCAGCGUACGUCUAGUAUUAAAAUUAGAACAUUGGUGAAAAUGUCGAAAGAUAUUGAUAAAAGUGAGCUGAAGAAUCGAUUGACUCCACUGCAAUGGCACGUGACUCAGGAAAAGGGCACGGAACGGCCCUUCACGGGUUGUUACAACAAAUUUUACGAAGGUGGAAUUUACACGUGCAUAGUAUGUGAGCAGGAGCUGUUCUCCUCAAAUACGAAGUAUGAUAGUGGGUGUGGCUGGCCGGCAUUUAAUGAUGUGUUGGAGCAGGGCCGUAUUAAAUUAACUAAGGAUACGAGUUUGGAAAGGGUGAGGACCGAGGUGACCUGCUCUAAUUGUGGAGCACACCUCGGCCAUGUAUUUAACGACGGGCCUAAGCCAAAUAAAAAGAGAUUCUGUAUCAAUUCUGCGUCCAUUAAUUUUCAUGCUGCUGAGGUGAAAAAGGAUUGAGGAUUGAUUUUUAUUAAAAUAUAUAUGAGAAAAAGAUAAUAUAAACGAUGAUCCAGAUAUCUGUGACAUCUUGUUUUAUGUAGAGUUCACAAAUUUUUAUCCAUGUUACAGACAUAAUGACGAUUAUUAUAAUGC